AUGAUCGCCACCGGUGGCCUGCUGCGCAUGAACAGGCGCCAGGAUUCCCUCCGCUCUAAAAACCGGGCGGAAAACAAAAGGAAGCGGAAAUCCAAGAAAAAGAAGAAGAACGAUGUGGUGGUGGUGAAGGGGAAGCUCAACCUGUGCUCGCCGGCCGGGUUCGUGGCUGCUGUGGGAGUUGUAGUUCUCAUGGUGGGGAUUUCCAUGGCCGUACUGGGCUACUGGCCCAGCCAAAGCCAGCAGCAUAACAGGAUGAGCUACUCCAAAAGUCAGCCUGUUUCCUCUAACUUGACCCGUGAUAAGCCUGCCUCCGGACAGACCAGAUUAUCCAACCAGAGCCAUUCUAACAGCAGCGCCCCUGACUCCUCCCCUAACUGUGGCUUCCUGUGUCACUUCCUGAAUAACUACCUGUACUCAGACAAUCUGAAAGUCUUUGGUCCGCUGGUGAUGGGUAUCGGCAUAUUCCUUUUCAUCUGCGCCAAUGCAGUCCUCCACGAAAACCGAGACAAGAAAACCAAAAUCAUCAACCUGAGGGACAUCUACUCCACGGUUAUAGAUCUGCACAGCAUACGGUCAAAGGAGUACUCGCCUCUCAACGGGUUGGUGAACUACACUCAGUCGAGGAGCGCUGAGGGCCAGUUGGGCUCGUUCCCUGCGAGCGGGAUGCUUACUCGCAGCUCCUGGCCCUCCACAGGCCUCGGUUUCCAGGGUGAGUUGGGCGGCGAGGAUGUUUUGAGACGGCCGUCGUUGGCCAGCAGGCCUCGGAGCUGGUCCAGAGACGUCCAGACCUUCACGGACACUGUCUACAGCAUCUACAAAGACUACAGCAACAGCAGCGAGCAGGCCCCGCAGCCGCGACAGUGGGAGACCACCUCCAUCGUCACCUCCUCUGUGAACGCUUUCACCCUCCCUGUGAUCAAACUGAACAACUGUGAGGUGGAGGAGUCGGAGAGAGCGGAAGCGGAGGGACGCUCAGAGGAAGGGGUCGUCAUUGAGGCGGCUGCUGAAACCAUUAGCGAGGAAGGACAAACCAGCAGCAGUCCCACUCAAGAGACAUUCACCAAGGACAAGGAAUCCUCAACAACGGAUUCCACCUCGCUGCAUCAGAGCCUAGAGGAAGUAACCAUAGACACAGCUGACCAACAGGGAGCGCCACAGGCUCAGCCUCAACCACCGUGGACCCAGCUGUUUCCUCCAUCACCUGUUGCCAGGGCAAUGGGGUCGCGACUGUCGCUCAACUCCCUCACAGAUCAGCCCCGGUCUGUGCGCCGCUGCAGCCUGUCUGUGUCUGUGAGUCGUCAAGGCGACAGAACCAGGCGCUUUAGCUACCCCCGUCUGGAGCGCUCUAACAGUAAGGGCUACAACAAACUGGCUGAUCUGGGGGGCGAGUCCUUCGAAGCCCCCGACACGGACACUUCUUUAGUGGCAAUGGAACAUGAAGUAGCAACCGACACAGACGCAGCAGCAGCAGCAGCAGCAGCGGAGGAGGAGGGAGCUCAGGGAGAGGACAGUCUGGUGACAUCCAGCACCUCUGCAGAAUCCUAG